UCCUGCCAGUUCCGCUCGUGCUGCGUUUCCCCAGCAGCGGAUCCGAGUAAUCGGGAAAUAAUCGGAGUCCAGGCCUCGCUUCGCAGCCGCGAGCCAGCGGGAACCUCGCCGCGCCCAGGCCUCCGCCUCGGUCCCCGGGCCCAGUGAGCCGGUCAUUCAUAAGACAGAUGAAGAGUGGAAGUGACCGCUGACUCUUUGUAAAUACGGCACCUUGUUGGGUUUGGUAAAGUUUGUGGUGAAUUCUCACAGCCGUGACCAUGUCGGUGGAUAUGAAUAGCCAGAGUUCUGACAGUAAUGACGAAUAUAAUGGAGACUCUGAGGAGGAAGAUCAGGGUGAUAUGAGUACCUAUUAUGAAGGGGUAGAGAGUGACGUGGAGCAGCAAGGUGCAGAUGCUUUUGAUCCAGAGGAAUAUCAGUUCACGUGUCUGUCGUACAAGGAAUCAGAGAAUGUACUAAACGAGCAAGUUGAUACCAUGGCAGAUGCUCUAAAGGUUCAACCAUCUGUAGCCAAGCUUAUUUUAGUUAACUUCCAUUGGAAAACCUCCGAUAUUUCAGAACGACACAAAUCUAACCCGACUCAACUUCUGGUGGAAGCCAGAGUUCAGCCAAAAACAGCAAAAAACACGUUUAUCCAUUCUUCUCAUCAUUGUGGUGUAUGCCUGCAGUCAGUUCGGAAAGAGAAUUUGCUGUCCUUGCCCUGCCACCAUCCAUUCUGCCGCAGCUGCUGGGAGCAGCAUAGCACUGUACUCGUGAAAGAUGGAAUCGGAGUGGGCAUAUCCUGUAUGGCACAAGACUGCUUGCUCCGAACGCCUGAGGACUUUGCUUUUCCUUUGAUUUCUAAUGAAGAACUGAGAGAAAAAUACAGGCGCUACCUCUUCAGAGAUUAUGUAGAGAGCCAUUAUCAGUUGCAGCUGUGUCCUGGUGCUGACUGUCCAAUGGUGAUUCAGGUACAAGAACCCAAGGCUCGGCGUGUGCAGUGCAGCCGCUGUAAUGAGGUUUUCUGCUUUAAGUGUCGCCAGAUGUACCACGCUCCUACUGACUGUACCACUAUUAAAAAAUGGCUCACCAAAUGUGCUGAUGACUCAGAGACGGCAAAUUACAUCAGUGCGCAUACAAAAGAUUGUCCUAAGUGCAAUAUUUGCAUUGAGAAAAAUGGAGGGUGCAAUCACAUGCAAUGCUCAAAAUGCAAGCAUGAUUUCUGCUGGAUGUGCCUGGGGGAUUGGAAAACCCAUGGCAGCGAGUACUAUGAGUGCAGUCGGUACAAGGAGAAUCCUGACAUAGUGAACCAGAGCCAACAGGCACAGGCCAGGGAAGCCUUAAAGAAAUACUUAUUCUACUUUGAAAGGUGGGAAAAUCACAAUAAGAGCCUGCAGCUAGAAGCACAGACGUACCAGAGGAUUCAAGAGAAAAUCCAGGAACGAGUUAUGAACAAUUUGGGAACGUGGAUCGAUUGGCAGUAUUUACAGAAUGCUGCCAAGCUCCUUGCCAAGUGUCGUUACACUUUGCAGUAUACAUAUCCAUAUGCAUACUAUAUGGAAUCUGGGCCUAGGAAGAAACUGUUUGAGUACCAGCAAGCGCAGCUGGAAGCAGAGAUUGAAAACUUGUCCUGGAAGGUGGAACGAGCAGACAGUUAUGACAGAGGGGAUCUGGAGAAUCAAAUGCAUAUAGCAGAACAGAGGCGUAGAACACUGCUUAAGGAUUUUCAUGACACAUCAGACUAAAGGAGCCCUGUGGAUGUGGUGGCACAUUGAAAAAGGCAUUGGCUGGGGAAGAAGAUGAAAUAUUGUUUUUAUUCCUUGUUUCUUUUUUUUUUCAUCUGCCGUUCCUUUGGUUUUCUUUCAUUUUUUUUUGCUGGAAUAGUCAGCAAUGCUUGUGGGUGAUUCCAUUCAUGAGCUGCAAUAGUGUUAAACUUAUUUUUAGAAAAAAAGAUGUAUUUCUUUUUUUUUAAAGAGAAAAUAAUAUGCGCUAACAUUGAAAAGGGAGAUUCUUUAAACCUUUUCAGAAGCCUGGGCUUUUACAAACACUUUCAUAAGAGACUGGAAGGAUUGCAGAAGGCUCAACUUCCCACAGACUUUUAUGUACCUUUUCACUAGAACAAAACUAUUUGGGGCAUUCGUGGCACAACCUAAUUAUAGUGCAUACUGGCACCAAGGCACUCUGCUUAGGCGAUUACUGGGAAACGCAGACUGCUUAGAAAGAAGUCAUUUGGGAAUAAUUUGGUUUUCUGGUAUCUUGUGUUAAUGUGCUUUAUUUGCUAGCUUUGUCUGGGAGCAAUUUCUUUUCAGUCUGACUUAGGUGGGGUGGUGUCAGUGAUUCGAAGGAGGUGACCUGUCUGUGUGAGGUGCCAUGUACUGUAGGGUGCUUCCAAAUGCCUUCUGAAGAACACACAAAGUCUGCCAUGUUUCUGGUCAUGGGUGGGAGGGAAAAGCAAUCGUUAAGCAAGUUCCUGCUGUUACUACCUCUGCUAUGAAUAGAUUAACAGCUGGCUCGCACUGCAUUGCAAGGCAGUGAGGUUCAGGAAUGUUUGAAAGAUUCAUGAAGUACCUGACUUGCACGGCCCCUUCCCGCUACCCUCAGCAGUUUGUUGUGACCCCGUAAUCCAAUUUGCAAAAAGAAAAAACAAUUUUUGAAAUAGUUUUAAAUUUUUUUUUAAAAAAAGAAAAAUAGUGAUUUGAGCUUUUGUCCCCACCCACUUCUUGUAACGAUUUAGUUGAUGUACUUGCUAUUGGUGAGAUGGGGUCCCAUUUGUGUUUUGGGAUAUAUAAUAAAUACGUUUUUGUACGUUUCAAAUUUGUCAUGCUACCUCGAGUGCGUUCAGCACUCUGAUCCGCAAUGAUAAGAGUGAAAACUUUUUUUUUUGGGGGUAUUUAUGAUGUGAAUCAUUUUUAUUUCCCAGAUGUUGCAGCUGCGAGUUUAUGUAACUUCUGUAAUGUUUUCAAAUACUUGUGCUUUCUGCAGCAAUAGAACCACUGUAUCAUUCAUUACUGAUAUAAAAGUUAUUUAAUUCCGCUUGCUUGCCAUUGUCUGAAACCUUACCAGACCCCUUCUCCUUCCACCUCGAAGGGCACGCUCUGCACCUGAGCUGAGCUGAAUUUGCUCUUGGUGUUUUUAUUUUUUUUGAUUUAUGUUCCUCCUCUGCCUCUCUGACCAUAUGCCUGAGAAGUCAACUAGCUCCCAGUACUGGUGGCAGAGAGGACUCCAGCUGCCUGUGAGCUGCCACGUAUCACCAUAACCUGCGAGACUGGCACCAGUGCCAUUGAGGAUUGGAGCAGCUGCUACAUGGUGUUGAUGACUAUCUCUCUGAUUAUGGUUUUUCUUCCUCUAAAUAGGUGGAGAUUGGUAAUGCAAUAGCUUCGGGAUCAGACCUGUGGUUUUGCCUUCCCUGUGCUCAUUUUCCCCAAUGGCAAGGAACCCCGUUUUUUUAAUGGAAGCAAUGCAACCAAGUCUUUUUCUUUUGUGUAGUGUAAUUAGUUAGUAGUUUCUCUAGCUUGUUAAUGUGCACACUCAAGGUUUGCAGUGUUAUUGAAACCACUUGAUUGAAUUUUUAUUACCUUGUAGCUGCUCCCCUCUUAGUCCUGAAGUUAUCCAAAUGGCUCAGCUCACAUUGAACAAACUUAGUAGCCAUGUAGAUUAAAGUUAACCCUUUUUGCUUCCUGUUUCCAUUUUGAUUUCAGGUUAUGCGCUGGAGUAAGGGGAACCGUUUUAAUAAAAACUUGCAUUAGAAUAAGGAAGGUUCUGAGUAAAUUACAGUUGACAGCGCAGGUUGGAGGAUUUCCUGAAGGUUUCAUCACAUGAGCCUUUGACUCCAAUCACCCCACCACGGAUCGCCCAUGAAGUUUACCACUGCCACACCCCCCCCACCUCCGCUAGAAAGCAAACGGAUUGUUCAUUAUCUGAUGGGACGAUUCUCGACUGUCAAAUCAUCCCUUUCCCAUUCUUUAUUAUAACCAAAGUGUAUGUGCUCCAAGAAAAGGAAAAAAAAGCCUUCAUUUUUUUUUAAGGCACUAAUGAUUUUUCUCCCUGGUUUGCUUGUAGAGUGUCCCGUAGAUUAAUCUUUAAUUCCUGGAAACUCCAGUGCAAUCCUGGAGGAUUGGCAACCCUACUGAAAGUUUAUUGACUUUUGAAUGCUGGUUACUGUGCAGGAAUUAACAGUAUUUUUUGACUCUGCCUUUCAAAACCAACCAUUUAGACUUAGUAGUCUAUUAACAUUAGUGAUCCAAAAACUCUGUUUUAUGUGCUGCUCAUUAAUUGGACAUAAGCUAUAUAUUUUUAAAAAAAAUCAAGUUGCCCAGUUGAUUUCUUCAAGCUGAAGUUGUUACUGUUGUUUGAGAAACCUUGAAAUAAACAUUACCCUUUCAA